AUCAUCAACUGGAAAUAAUCCAAAAUGGACAGUGCAGCCUUGAUUUUAGGUUUGGUAGGAACUGUGUUGUUCUUCAUACUUCUCUGUAAGAGUUUGAAAACCAGAAUCAACAGAUCAAGAUUAUACAAAUACCCACUUCCUUUAGGAACUCUUGGAUGGCCUCUCAUCGGUGAAACCUUCCAGUUCAUCUCUUGCGCUUACUCAGAUCAUCCUGAGAGCUUUAUGGACAAGCGUCGACGCAUGUAUGGCAAGGUCUUUAAAUCACACAUCUUUGGUAAUCCAACCAUCAUAUCAACAGAUGCUGAGGUUAGUAGGUUUGUUCUUCAGAGUGAUGCAAAGGCUUUUGUGCCAUCUUACCCUAGAUCACUCACUGAGUUAAUGGGCAACUCAUCAAUUCUACUCAUUAAUGGAAACCUACAAAGAAGAGUCCAUGGACUCAUUGGAGCCUUCUUCAAAUCACCUCAUCUCAAGGCUCAGAUCACUCAAGAUAUGCAGAAAUAUGUGCAAGAAUCCAUGGAUACUUGGAAAGACAAUCACCUCAUUUACAUCCAAGAUGAAACUAAAAAUAUUGCAUUUCAAGUACUAGUGAAAGCAUUGAUUAGUUUAGAACCAGGUGAAGAAAUGGAGUUUCUAAAGCAAAGAUUUCAAGAAUUCAUUGCUGGUCUUAUUUCCUUACCCAUCAAGAUAGCAGGAAGUCAGCUUUACAGAUCACUGCAGGCAAAGAAAAGAAUGGUGAAGUUGGUUCAUGAGAUUAUCAAAGACAGAAGGAGGAAGAGCAGCCCAAGCAUUCCAAGAGAUGUGGUUGAUGUUUUACUCAGUGACACAAGUGAGCAAUUAACAGAUGAACUAAUUUCAGACAAUAUGAUUGAUUUCAUGAUUCCAGGGGAGGAUUCAGUCCCUCUCCUUAUAACUCUUGCUAUAAAGUACAUCAGUGAUUCUCCUAUAGCUCUUCAUCAAUUAAUGGAGGAAAACAUGAAGUUGAAAACACUAAAAGCUAAACUUGGAGAACCUUUAUGUUGGAGUGACUACAUGGAUUUGUCAUUCACACAAAAUGUAAUAACUGAGACCUUAAGGAUGGGAAACAUCAUCAUAGGAGUGAUGCGAAAGGCCAUGAAAGAUGUGGAGAUAAAAGGGUAUUUCAUUCCCAAGGGAUGGUGUGUCUUUACAUAUUUCAGAUCAGUUCAUCUUGAUGAACAAUAUUAUGACUGGCCUUACCAAUUCAAUCCAUGGAGGUGGCAAGACAAAGACACGGGUUCUUGUACCUUCACCCCCUUUGGAGGUGGACAGAGGCUUUGUCCAGGACUUGAUUUGGCCAGGCUGGAAGCUUCUAUUUUCCUCCACCACUUUGUGACUCAAUUCAGGUGGGUAGCUGAGGAUGAUUCAAUUAUCAACUUCCCCACAGUAAGAUUGAAAAAGAGAAUGCCAGUGUGGGUCAAAAGGAGGUAG